AUGUCGGGGCCGCUGCCCUUCAGCAGCCGCGUGGAGGCGUUUUGCACGCGCCUCACCGACCGCCGCAUCGACGGCAGCCUGGCGGCGGCCAAGGGCACCGCUGAGCUGCUGCGCCAGCUGGUCACCUCCUCCAAGCUCAACACCCCGGAGCUGAUGCUGGCGGAGGUCAAGAAAGUGGGGCUCCGGAUACAGGCCGCCAAGCCCAUAGAGCUGGUGAUCGGCAACAUUGUGCGGCGGGUGAUGCACAUCAUCCGGGAGGAGAUGGAGGCAGAGCAGGAGGAGCAGGACGAUGACCUGGCGGCCGCCACCUCGGGUGCGCGCCACGUCAGCCGCGCCUGCGUGCAUGCAUGCACCUGCUGCCAUGCCUGCGGGCUGCCGCCAGGGGCGCUGCGGCCUUGCGCCUUCCCGACCCCUCCUGCCAACGUCCCCUGCAUCCCUUCCCCAUCCCGUCCUUGCCCUGCCCUCCCUUGCACACCCUCGCCCACCCCGCAGGUGAUAGACGGGGUGAACGACUUGAUCCAGGAGCUCAAGGAUGUCGAGGAGAACAUCGGGGCGCAGGCUGUGGAGCACAUCCACGCCAACGAGGUCAUCCUGGUGCUGGGAUACUCCCGUACCGUGCUGCACUUCCUGCGCAGGGCCGCCGAAAAGCGCAGCUUUGAGGUGGUGGUGGCGGAGGCGUCCCCCACCUACCAGGGCCAGGCCAUGGCCGGCGAGCUGGCGGCCCUUGGCAUCCACGCCACGCUCAUCGCAGACUCGGCCGUCUUUGCCAUGAUGGCGCGGGUGAACAAGGUCCUGGCCACGGCACAGGCGCUGCUGGCCAACGGCGGAACAAUGGCGCCUGCAGGGGCGCACAUCGCGGCCAUGGCCGCCCGCCGCCACUCGGUGCCCUUUGUGGUGCUGUGCGGCAUCUACAAGCUCUCCACCCUGUUCCCGCACAACCCGGCCGUCAACUUCAACGACUUCCGAGACCCAGCAGACAUCCUGCCCCUCACGCACGAGGCGCCCUCCUGCCACCACCCUGCUCUGCCCAUGCCUUCCUUGCAGGUGGUGAACCCCAGCUACGACUACGUGCCGCCUGAGCUCAUCUCCCUCUUUGUCACCGGUGGGUGCGGGCCUCCUCGGGGAGCGCGGGCCUCCUCGGGGAACGCUGAUGAGCUGCCGUGCCGAGCUGGCCGCGAGCGCCAGGGUGCGCCUGCUUCAGCCUAG